AUGGAUGGUAGCAUUGUUGAUAAUAAGCUUAAUAUGUCGCUGGAUGAUAUAAUAAAAAGAGAACGUAAAGCGAAGCAGCGACAACAAGAUAGUGGUAUGCAAGGGUUAGGAACAAAACGUGUGGUACCAAAGCGCACUAACAUUAAGAGGGGCAAACGAGCAAUCACACGUAGAAACCGCCAGCAAACUGUUGCAAAUGGUGGACUUUCAGCAGCAACUACGAUGAAAGUUGUCAAUAGACUUGUCAACAAAGCGAUUCGACGACGAGCCAAUCAGUCACUUAUAAAUCGUGCGGUGACAUUGCGUCGUCGCGUUCUUCGACGGAAUUCUGCUGUGAGACCAGCCGUGAACGGAUUACGUGCGCGGAGACAAACAGCAGUUGUUGGAUCACGCCUUGUAGGCCGUUUAUCAGGUGUUAGUCAACGCUCUCGAGUAAUUGGUGGAAAUCCCAGAAGAAAUGUGCGCAGACAGCCAGUAGUCUUCACUUCACCUCAGUUGGUACGUGGUCGAGGAUUAUCACAUAUGGGUCAACUUGUAAGUGAUAGUGAAGCAUUCAUGGUUGGGCAACGCGAAAUUGUUCGUCCAGUGCUUCAACAGAAGAUGUUACGUCGUGAGAUGGUGGCUGCACAUCCACAUCGUGAAGUUGUCGUGCAGCGCCGUACACGUCCAGUGAUAGUUGAACAACAGCCCAUAAUUAUUCGUCGUGGAGGGAUACGUAAACGAGCUGUUUUGAAUGAACCAAGUGUCGUCGUUGUAAGAAAUGCGCCACCGCAGGUUCAUUUCCGCACACAACCUGAAUUUGGACGUGUUCAGCGUGCUGUCGACGUGCUACCGCGUAACCGCCUAAUUCGCAAAACGCCAUAUGUUGUCAACCCAAAUGCUGUGCAGAUGCGUAAAGCAUUGGGGAUUGGUUUACGAAGAUCGGAGCCACAGCGUUUCGAGUCAAGCAACACGUUUCUCCAGCGUAUACCUGUAACAAGUCGUCGAGGACGUGGUUUCCAGAAUAUGAUUUACAAUUAA